AGACGCUCGGAAUCAACAAAGAAAACAACAAAGCAAUAAGGUAAAGGAAGAUUGACAUGAACACCGAGACAUCGACCAGAAAGAAUCAGAGUCCCUUGGAGAGAGCACACAUAUUUUCUCUGCUAUUUUUCUGGUGGAUGAAUGAUACCUUGAAACUCGGCUACCAACGCCCUCUGCAAGACGAGGACCUGCUUCCCCUUCAAGAAGAAUUAAAGACAGAGACACUUGUUGACAAGCUUGAAGCAGAAUGGCUUAAAGAAUCUGCCAUCUGCACUCGCAGGAAUAAACAACCCUGUCUUUGGAGGGUCGCGUUUAAGAUGUUCUCCCUGAAGAAAUACCUGAAGUUGGUGGCUGUCAAACUUACACAUUCUUUAUCUAAUAUCCUACUUCCUAUUAUGGUUUGGCUUUUUCUCUCCAGUUUAUCAGAGAAUGCUGAUGUGAAUCAAAGCUCUACCAUACUUCAGGUUGUUGCCAUCUCGUUCCUUACGGUUGUGAAGGGAAUGUCACACCACCAUUCGUUUUUCCUGGCUGGAAUAUUCGCUCUGCAGCUCAAGGUUUCUGCUAUUGGAUUAAUCUACAAGAAGAUUCUCAAGUUAAAUAGGCGUUCUUUCAAUGAAAUCGCAUCUGGUCAAACGAUCAACUUGGUCUCAAAUGAUGCCAAUCGCUUACAGGACGCUGUUUGGAGUAUGUUGUUUUUCGUGUUUGCCCCGAUAGAAAUUCUAUCAUCCGGGGUACUUCUCUGGUUUUUGAUUGGAUGGCAGGCCCUCGUGGGAGCAGGUUUUUUCUUGAUAGUAAUCAUAUACAUAUCAGUGCUAUCCAAGAAAGCGGGCCAUCUAAGAGAAGAUGCUGCAUCUGUGACGGAUAGACGUCUUGAGAUUUUGAACGAAGUCAUGGCUGGUAUUCGUUCAAUCAAAAUUCACGCUUGGGAAUGGAACUUCAGAGAUCUCAUCAGGAACUUGAGAACGAAUGAGAUCGGUAUUAUUCGCUGGAGAGGAGCCAUUCUGUCAAGUUUUGAUGCUUUGUACUUUACCAAUACCCCUAUUGCUGGGUUUAUCUCCAUGACAACACUACUUCUUACCAACAACCAUCUGACGGCCUUUCAAAUUUUCACGUUGAUGUCAACUUUGAAUGUUAUAAAGUUCUCUGUUUCUGUUUCCAUGGGGGAAACGCUUCAUUUGCUGGCUGACGCUAAAGUGUCAUUUGACAGGAUACAGAAAUUCUUAGAGCUAAGUUCCUUUCCUGGUCUUCGUGAGAAUGACAUCCAAUUGAAGUCAGAUGGUAGUCCUACGUUUGAUCAAAAACACUUCCAAGGAGAAAAUUUCACAUUUAAUGAGUUCACAAGCUUCUGCACUAUUCCCAAGAAAGAGAACAUUGAAAGAGCUUGCUUAGAACGAUCUCGAACAGAAUCUUGGAUCUCGUUGAAAAACAUCUCUUGCAGCUGGAAUCAGAAAGAUAAACCAGAUACAUUGCGUAGUGUCUCAAUUAAUAUCUAUAACAAUCAAUUCAUCACCAUCACAGGUCCCGUGGGUUGUGGGAAAUCUUCUCUCCUGCAGGCAAUACUCGGUGAACUACCUUGCAAUAGUGGCGAAAUUCGACAUUCUGGGAGCAUUGCAUACGUGCCCCAACUUCCGUGUGUUUUCUCUGGAACGAUACAGCAUAACAUUACCUUUGGCAAACCACUUGAUGAGCUAAGAUAUCAAGGAAUUCUUGAAGCGUGUAGUUUGCACAAAGACCUCGAGCAGUUCUCGAAAGGUGACUUGACACACAUUGGGCAACGUGGAGUUAGUCUUAGUGGAGGACAGAGUGCUCGUAUUUGUUUGGCCCGUGCACUAUAUGCAGACAGAGACAUCUACUUGCUUGAUGAUCCUCUUAGUGCCGUUGAUAUCCAAGUGGGAAAGCACAUUUUCAGAAAGUGCUUGCGUGGCUUGCUCUCUGAAAAAAUCUGCGUUUUGGUGACUCACCAACACCAGUUUUUAGAGAGCAAUGACUACACUGUUGUCAUGGAACGAGGAAGCAUUGAGUGCCAAGGAAAGUAUGUUGACCUGCUAAAUAACAACAUGUUGUCCAAGACUGCAUUCGUUGGGAAAGGAUAUCAGAGGAAAGAGUCUUUAAAAAUGUCCAUUCCUAUACGCAGGCGUCGAACAGAAACUUCACUUGGUCUCCCUACUAUGGAAGAGGUUGGAGAUGGCUUAGACGAAGGGGGAGAGGACAGAAUGAUGGGAAAAGUAUCGUGGACUCUCUAUUGGCAAUAUUUCCGAUCUGCUCUCCCAGCUGCGCUACUGAUGUGUCUGUUCGUUCUUGUGUUGUUUGUUCAAGUUGUUUCGAUAUCUCCAUACUGGUGGUUGUCUCGAAUUGCCAGUAUGUCUGAUGACCAGCAAAGAGACCUCACUACACUUGGCAUUUACGGGUCAUUAGUAAUCGGCACCCUUAUUUUGUCCACUAUAAUUUCUUUUUUAUUCCUCUCUACCCUUUUACGAGCAUCAGAGAAGCUUCAUGACAAGAUGUUUACAGCAAUUAUUAAGGCUCCAGUUUUUUUCUUCGACACCAACCCAGUCGGGCGCAUCCUCAACCGCUUCUCUAAGGACGUCGGUUGUAUGGACGACACAUUGCCUCCACAGUUCCUUCUGGCAGUCCAGCUAUGCUUGUUUUCCUUGGGUGCUACUUUACUGCCAGCAGCAACUAAUUACUGGCUGGUUAUUGGUAUCACCCCCUUGAUACUACUCUUCUUUUACUACGCGAGGUAUUAUCUAAAGACAUCAAGAGAACUAAAGAGGUUAGAGGCCAUAAAAUGCAGUCCGGUAUAUUCACACAUAUCAGAUACAAUUGCCGGCCUGGAAGUAAUACGAUCGUCUGACAUGGAGAAAAUUUUUCUGCAGGAUCUAUUUAGAUACCAAGAUCAAAACACGCCUGCGGUUAUAAUGGUGUUGGGGUCUAGCAAGUGGCUGGGCGUCCGUUUAGAAUUGCUCUGUAGUUUGCUCGUCGCACUGGUAGCAGCAGGAGCUGUUCUUGUUACACAAAUACCAGCCCUGGCAGGAAUGUCCCUAGUUUAUGUAUUAGAAACCUUAGAUGCGGCUCAAUUUGGUGUGCAGUUGACGUCAGAGACAGAAAACCUCAUGACAACCGUAGAGAGGGUGGCAACAUUCACUCAAAUAGCUUCAGAACCUGGAUAAUCCACCCAGAACGAACAUCCAGAUUUAUGGCCGACUAAAGGAAACAUAAGCUUCAAAGACUUGUCCUUGAGAUAUACUGAAGGAAGCCAUCGUGCUUUGAGGGAUAUUACUGUUGAUAUCAAGGAUAAAGAGAAGGUUGGUCUGGUAGGGAGAACUGGAUCAGGAAAGUCUUCCGUUGUAGCAGCUCUGUUCAGGAUGCCCCAACCAGAUGGAAUGGUAAUGGUGGAUGGAAUAGAUCUGGAAACACUAAAUAUUCAAGAUGUUAGGCGAACAUUUUCAGUGAUAACUCAAUAUCCUUUUCUAUAUGCGGGAAGCGUAAGAGACAACAUGGAUCCUUUCAAGAAAUUCGAAGACCAUGAGAUAUGGAACGCUUUGGAAGAUGUCCAAAUGAAGCAAUGGGUACAACUGUUGCCUGGACAACUUCAGUACAGACUUACAGAAUCUGGAAGCAACUUGAGUGUUGGUGAGAGGCAGCUUCUGUGUCUCGCACGUGUUCUGUUACAAAAGAACAAAAUCGUCAUCCUCGAUGAAGUAACUGCUAAUGUCGACUUUAAGACAGAUCGUUUGAUUCAAGAAGUCAUACGAACCAAAUUGAAGGACGUCACAGUGCUGACCAUUGCUCAUAGGCUGGAAUCGAUUAUCGACUAUGACAGGGUGAUGGUCAUAGAUCGUGGCCGUGUCGUCGAGUUUGAUAAACCUGGUGUGCUUCUGAACAAGAGAGGAAGCUACUUUGCUGAGUUAGUCAAAAGCUAUAACGGGACUGUUUCAUCAUAGAGGAUUACCUAGUCUACUAACUGUUUUGAAAUUCUAGAUUAUUCAGCUUUUCUUUAGGCCGAAGAGCCUCUAAUGGCAGCUUUUUUUGCUUCACAUGUGUUGCAAAGACUCACCGUAGACCUGGAUUAAAUAGUAAUGGUCUCGUCCUGCAAUUUUUGAGGUAACUAACCAAAUUGUCCUUUAGUAAUGGGACGAAAGUUUCUGAAUAUUAUAUCAAUGUAAAAUUAUUUGAUAUUCAUGACUUUUGGUAUGAUAAGUCAGCAACGACAAAUACUUGAGCAUAUUUGGCCCCGGUUAUUCGAAGAGUGAAUAAAUCUCUUUAGGUUGGAUGGCGCAGAACGUUUUGUCAGCACUCAUCCACUGGAUAGUAACUUAUUCGUUGGAUAGCGUUUACCGCCCUUCAACAACUAGGCCCUGGUCUUAAAAGCGAACGAAAUCUAGGAUGUUUUUAUAAGA